AUGCUAGCAAUUGAGGAUAUCAAUGGGAACGGAAACACAAGUUCCCAUUCCUCAAGUGCAUCAACAAGCAUGGUACGUGUGAAAUACCGAUACUUGGUUUGUUUCGUCUCCAUCCAGGCGUCUAUAUCCCGCUGGCCCCCUGGCUAUCCUGGCUGUCAUCCAGACGACUCAUGUGCGUUGCGUGUGAACGAAGGACACCUGCUUCACGCAAUCCGGUCCUCUGUUUUGAAAUGCCACGGCAUUGUUGGUGUGGGUCAGUGUAUGUCUCGUCUGAGAUUGAUACACUGGUGUUCUGCGUCUGGGCUAUUGGUGCUUCGGUGUCUUCGAAGUGAAGCUACUCGUAUCCAAGCUGCUCUGGCCUUGAUCACCCGUCUUGAAUGGGGUGAUCAGCAGCGGCGCGCGCUGUUCGAUGUUCACCAUUCCAGUGGAACCGUUCGGGGUUGUCAAAAAUUCCUCGUGCAAUUUUAUUCUCAUCAGCUUUUUUCUCGGCCUUAUGCGACAGUUCAAACAGCACUGUCUCAACUCGUUCGACAAAAAACUGUCUCUCAGUUCCCUCCGAAACUUGUUGACGAAAUGUCUUGA